UAACAAAGACCUCUUUAUAAAAAAGUAAAAAAUCAAGUUUCGAGGAUUGCAGUACCGAGUACAUAUUUUCGUCUAAAUCGUGAUUUAAUUAUUGGGUAUUUGCAUAUUACACUUUCCAAAGCUUAUUUUUUAUAAAAUGGGGGACGAUCAGAGUGAAACUAAAUCCUUGCUAAGGGAUGAGGAGGUAAAUGUCAGCACAAUAUCUCCUAUCGGACCUGACGAGCUGCCUCCGCCUUACCAGCAAGCGGGAAUGCCGAUGGUAACAUGUCGCGUGUGCCAGGCUAUGAUCGACAUAUCAGGCAAGAGGGAGCAGCAUGUGGUCAAAUGUUCAGAAUGCAAUGAAGCAACGCCAAUUAGGAAUGCUCCUCCUGGCAAGAAAUAUGUGCGUUGCCCUUGCAACUGCCUGCUGAUUUGCAAGUCAUCAUCACAGCGCAUUGCCUGCCCCCGAGCAGACUGUAAGAGGAUCAUCAACUUGGCACCCUCGCCAGUCACUCCACCUGUGCCAACCUUGCCUGGCAUGUGCAGGGUCAUCUGUGCUCACUGUCAGGACACAUUUCUGUACCAGCUGCUGAAGAACGCGCCGGUGCGCUGCCCGCACUGCCGCAAGGUGUCGUCGGUGGGCGCGCGCAUGGCGCGGCUGCGCGGCGCCACGUUCGCGGUGCUGGCGCUGGUGUUCCUGGCCAUCGCGCUGGGCGUCACGCUGGGCACGCUGUCGGCCGCCAAGACGCACGGCGGCGGCAUCUACGUCGCCUACGUCGGAGGCUUCCUCCUCGCCUUCAUCCUGGGCAGUCGAGCAGUCUACUACUUCGCUAUGAAAGUGAGCACGAUUGAGGGCCCCAUGUAAUAGUCUUCGAGUCAAACGACUUUGUGAUAAAAUUUGUAUGACUAGAAAAUAUAUUAUUAUAUAGAAAAUUCUCAAUUCCAUAUAGCAUUGUUAUAAGAGCUUGGUAUGCCAAGUAUAUUUAAACCAUCUCAAUAUAGAGCUCAGUAUGUUCUAAUUGAUGAUUAGUUUGCGUCGAUAUUGCGUAAAAUAUACCUAAAAUAACCUUGGGAAGACAAUUGUAUAAUUAAAUCGAAUAAAGUGUCGGUAAGUUUUGCCCUAUGGUUAAUGCAGUGGACGAUUUAUUGUAUUUAUAUGUUUAAUCAAUCUUGUCAGAUAAAUAAAUGACUAAUCGAAAAGACAGAUGGUAUCUGGGAUUCUAGUUCAGCUUUAUCAGUUAUCUCUUGUAUAGUUUAUUGUUAUGAAUAUGCAUGCUACAAUAAUUAAGAAGGAAUCUCAAAUCCUUAUCAGCAGUUAAUUGAUCCGGAACUUGACUGUGAACACAACAAUUAACUAAUUACUCAUUGUCUCAGCAUUGUAUGGCAAUCAUUUAUACACAGCAUACUGCUAUGAGAUUAAUAUAUUUUUAUUUAAUGUUCAAAAUUUAGCAGAGGGUAUUAUGUUAACAGGGUGAAAAUAAUAUUUGCCUAAACUCUAGGUUAUACAUUUGCAGAAAUUUUACUAUUGGAGUUAUUAUGUUUUUCAGCUCACAAUUAUGUCUAUAAAUAUGUACCUACAUGUAGCAAAUUGUAAAUAUUAUAUUUUCCAAAACAAUUGACGUAAUGAAUUUAAAUAUGAUAUCAUUAUUAAUGGGAGUCUUAAUUGGUCACAAGAAGUAAAAUUAACUUUGAACAUAAUAAUUGAAACAUAACCUUAAUCAUAGCGUGUGUGAAGUCAUGUGGUAUACAAACUCGUUUUUAAUACUUCUAUAUUCAUUGAAACGAGUUAAGUUAAAAAAGAUUUAAAUGACUUCCCAAGGCCAUAUUAGCCUAUCAAGUACCGAAACGUUUAAAAAGUAUGUCAUAUAAAAUUAAUGCAAAUAUAUUGGCUAACCUUUAGAUUUGUAGACUGACUUCAAUGAUGUUAUAUUAAUUCAGAAUAGCUAUCGAUUAAAAUUCAUCGUCACUCAUUUAUUGCCGAUUUCAUGUCACUAUUACUUCGUAGCAUGAGCGUACAAGUCAAAUUGAAGUGAGGUCGGUACUAACAAUAUAACUCCUACUAAUAUAACAAUAACUUGUCAAUAAAUUCACACAUAUAAAUUAAUAAGUAGUUAUAAAUACAAUCCACAUAAUUCAAUAAGUAGAUACAAAUAAUUUGGUGCUGAAUUUUAUAAAGUAUGUAUGAGUGACGAUGACGGUAAAGCCUUACAUUUGCUACAGCAUUCCUCGUCUUGUACAUGGCGUGUGUUUUUAAAUAAAAAUGAGAGAUAUAAACGAAAGAUUUGUGCUAACCCGACUUUACUGUGUCUAUCGGUUAAGUUGCAUUAUCGUCAUCACAAAAAUAAAGGUAAAUUUAUGAAUGAAUUUGUGUAGUAAACCACCAACGAGACCAACUUAACAUGCAAUGAACGGCGUCAGAUAAUACUCAAAGAAAUUUAGAUGGAAAUCCUUUACACAAGGUUUCCAUACAUUAUAUUUAAACGCAUUUUCUACUCAAAAAAAAACCCCAUAUUUACGCCUAUUCAUGUGUCUGGUCUGUGUGCCCUAUGUGUGCUAACUAUAAUGCAAUAACUUUGUUACUUUCGCUGUCGUAGUUCUAAAUGUAAAUACUGAACACGAUUGACAAGAGAGUCGGGAAAUCGGCUGUAUUAUGAUGUGCACAACAAUCUGUACCUAUUAUUUAAUCUUUUGCAUUAUAUUCUUUGUUUAGUUAUUUUUAUUUAAACAAUAUAUUAUUAUAUCGGAAGGUAGUAAGGGCUAGCAGUCAAUGUUUGUGUUAUUAUAAUUAUAUUGUAUAGUUUACUUAUAAUAAUCGAACAAUACGUGAGUUAAGUCUUAGAUUUUUAUUUGCUUUCAGUAAAGAAAAUUAAUAGUACCACCAUAUAAUAAUACCAUGUAUAAUUCAUUAUUAAUUAUUUCAUGAAAUGUUAGUGCUUUACACAUGUAUUUGUAGUUAUAAGUCAAAUAAAUUGUACCAAUCGA